CUUCUUCUUCUGCUUGUACUUCUGCUGAAAAGUUACUUUUAUUGUUGAUACUUAUACUUAUUAAUAAUAUGGCGAGCUACAGUUUAUUUUGGAUGUUAUUGCUAAAGAAUAAUUGGAAAUUGAUCAGUAAUGAUUUUGUUAUUUAUCUGUGGACUUUAGCUGUGACUCUCAUACGUAUUUACUGGAUAUUUUUUGUUCCACUCGUAUGGAAAAAGGAUCUGGACAACGAAAAAUGUUCAUUUUUAAGGAAAACAGAAAAUGCCGUUGGCUACAAUCCUAAACGAGAUACAAUAAAUCGACUAAGAAAAUUCAAAAUUCAAAAAAUCAUCGAACUACCUCCCCCUUAUCCGAAUGGUUGGUAUGGUAUCCUCAAAUCGUCUCAGCUUAAAGCUGGAGAAGCAACUUGUGUAUCAUGCUUGGGGGAAGAUCUAGUCAUCUUUCGUACAAAGAAAAAUAUCGUUUUUAUUCUGGAUGCUUAUUGCCCUCACUUAGGAGCUAACUUGGGUAUUGGUGGAAGCGUUGCUGACGACUGUGUAAUAUGCCCUUUUCAUCAAUGGAAAUUUCGGGGUACAGACGGACUAUGCAUAAAUAUUCCAUAUAGCACAUCAGUUCCUAAAGGAUCGAAAGUAAAAAAGUGGAUUUCGCAAGAAGUGGACGGCUUUAUAUUUAUUUGGUAUCAUGCUGAACAAACAGAAUUACCUUGGGAUCUUCGUGUACCUAUGGGAGAGAUUGACGAUGCAUUUGUCUAUCAUGGACACAAUGAGUUUUACAUUAAUUGCCAUAUACAAGAAAUUCCGGAAAAUGGCGCUGAUAUUGCGCACUUUAAUGCUAUUCACAAGAAAAAUUUUAUUAAUGGCAGUUGGGUUCAAAAGAAAAGAUUAUUUGGACUUGGAUCUCAUCAUUGGAAAGCGAGGUGGUCCCCAUUGGUUGGAAAAUUAAAAUACUUAGCGGAAGUUAACCUAAAUCAUUAUUUUAAACUAUUUGGAAAGUUCGACUGUUUUCGUAUGGAAGUUUCUGGCAAACAGAUUGGACCAUCAAUUGUGUGCCUCGAAGUUAAUUCAUAUACAUUUGGAAAAAUUAAAGUUGUUCAAUAUAUUACACCAAUCGAACCUUUGUUGCAAAAAGUUGUUCAUGAGUUUUACGGUCCUCGUUGGAUUGCGCCACUUAUGAAAAUAUUUAUUUAUGGAGAAAGUCUCAUGUUCGAACGCGAUAUUAGCAUAUGGAAUCAUAAAGUAUUUCAUCGGAAUCCUAUCUUAGCUAAGGAAGAUGCCUCGAUAAAGAAGUUUAGGCUGUGGUUCUCCCAAUUUUAUUCAUCGAACAGCAAAUUAUAUUCUGAAGCAACCAAUAUUGUUUUUUUCGGCAUUUUAUACUGGAAAUUUCUCCGGACACAGAUUGUCAGCAGGACAAGCGUGGCUUUGAGACUGACGGCUAAGUGGAUAUGGUGUUAGAGGCUAACGAAGGCUGGUGAAGUCGUGGCGAGUUGUCCCCUCUCGCCGUUGCCUUCCUGAUGGUGCCACUUGCCCCGAACUUUAAGGACCAGGACAUAUUUUCGGUACCAUCGCUGCAAGGCUGACAAAACAAGCCGCCAUCGCCGCAAGCAACUGAGACCAGCCUGGUCCGGGGUCCGGAAGGUGAGAGCAGGUGUCCGGUAGUGAGAGCCUCUCCGAUACUUGGGUCCUGGCUGAGAGCUCCAAGAGGCCGUGAGUUCAUCCCGGCAUCGGUUUCGGUGAGGACACUCCCCAGUUCUUAUGCGUUGGUGCAGAUGCCGGACGUAGCUCUGUACAAAUUGGGAGCAUUUCAUCAUCAGCAAGGAAUAUAGGAACGAAAAGUUGUCCUCAUGAAUGAAUUGGUUCAAUCGUUGAACACGUGGGUCGAAUUUAGAGAUUUCACGAACUUUUUCAAUUAUUUUUUUCAUACUCAGUCGGUGACAAAGACUCUUCGAAAAUAAUGGUCUGUCGAGGACAAUGAUUCAACCUGUCUCUUAACUUGCAAUUCUGGAUUUAAGUUAAGCGGUUCUUCACGGGGUCGCGGAUCGAAAAUUGUAAUCGAUAGUCAGUAUUAUUUAUAAGUGAACUUAUGUUGUGAGCCAGUUUAAAUGCGAUCGGAUUUGUUAGCUAAAUGUGUGCAGACACAUUGUUUUUCGCCAUCGCAAUGUUGGAAAUUAGCCGGAAAAACUUGGCAUUUUCAUUGUCGUGUGAAAGUCUGGAGGACACACUGCGGUGAGCUAGAGUUAAGUUAGUUCUAAAUGUUAAAAUCAUGAAUUCUUUCAACAUAAAAUAGAAUCAAAUCGUGAACUUGAUGAUCUUGAUAAGGCAGCCAUGAAAAAUAAAUUUUAAAUGGUAUUCAGAUUGGUUAAUUGAUGUAAUACCAAAGACUAGGGUUUAAAGUUUGAAGAUCGCGACAUCUGUGUUUCAGCGGGCUAUAAUGAAGGCCUUAGGAGCUUUAGCUUACACUUAUGCAAUUGUGUAUAUUGAUGAUGUUCACAUAAUAGCAAAAAGCAAAGAAGAAGCGCUAGGUAGAUUGCAGACAGUAUUGGAGACAUUAAGUAAGGCUGGAUUUUUAUUUAAUGUCACUAAGUGAUCCUUUCUCCCCAUAAAAAUAAAGUAUUACAGUAAGAGUACGUCUCCCGCCGAAUCUAAUUAUUAUUCAUACGAACUGGAGACGUUAGCAAUGGUAAAUGCCAUUAAACACUGAUGUUUAAUGACUUCCGUCAUUAUUUACAGGGACGUAAAUGUAUGGUUUAUACUGACUGUAAUUCAUUAAAGGCCAGUCGCACAAAACUAGAUUUAACACAGAGGGUGCAUGAUGGUGGGCGUUUUUACAGGCAUUUGAUUUCGAAAUAGAGUAUAGAAAAGGUGAGCGAAUGGCGCAUGUGGAUUUUCUCUCUCGGAAUCCAAUGCUCGAACAACACAAAAGUUUGAAUAAGGUACCAUAAUUACGAAUCAAUUUGACCGAGGUAAAAUUUUAAAUAAUUUUAAAGUUAAAGAAUAAUGAGUUACCAGGAAAUUUGGACAAAACAUAUGAAUUGCGAAAGGAAAUACUACAUAGAAAAAUACCAAGAGAUUUUCAAUGGACCGUCAUAAAUCACGACCACGAAGCUAUUAUGCAUCUGGGAUGGGAAAAGACGAUGGACAAGGUCUAUUGUUAUUACUGGUUUGAAAAUAUGUCUAAAUAUGUGCGUAGAUUCUUAAAAAAUUGCAUCACGUGUAAAGUAUCUAAGCAACUUGUACGAAAAGUGCAGGCUGAGCUGCAUGAUAUUCCUAAAAUAGAAAUACCGUGGCAUACGAUUCAUAUAGACAUUUAAGAAUUUAAGAAAGAAAGAAAGAAUUUAAGAAAGGAGGAUAAAAAGAAUAUGGAAACUCAAACAAAAUACGACAAAAAUAGGUUUGAUAAAAAUAAAGCUUAAAUAGUAAAUUUCAAAGUGGGUGAUCAAGUUUUGCUCAAAAACGAAGAACGUCAUCAAAUUAAACUUGAUCCUAAAUUUAAAGGGCCAUUUGAUAUAAUUGAAGUACUGGAUGGAGAUAGAUAUACACUAAAAUCUUUAACAUAUAAUCGAAAGUAUUCUCAUGAAUGAUUAAAAGCAUACCAAAUAAUCAGAUAGUCGAUGAGUUAUGGAAAGAUAGAGACAGCACAAUAGAAGCUGUGUGUGUUGCUUAAUAGAGAAACAGAAGACCGCUCCAUAGCAGAAGAGACUUGUUAUGUAUAAAAGGAACUGCACAAAAGAUAAGUUAAAUUUAAAUUAUGUGUUAAAUGAACUACACAAAUAAUAAGUUAAAGUAUGUGUUAAAGGAACUACACAAAAGAUAAGUUAAUUUUGUGUUAAAGGAACAAAUGGUAUGAUUUUGAACCUGAUUUGAA